GGGGGCGGAGCGGAGGAUGAGGUGACAUAAAGGAAGUCAGUGAGGGGGCUUUCAUCCCAGGAAACCCUGGGUCUCAUUUUUGAAGCUGCUGAGCAGCGCCGAAUGGUUUCUGCCCCAAGCUCUGAGCGCCCGGAGGGCUCUUCAAAUCAGGGGACUCAACCAGGGCGACGAUGGUUUGCAGAUUUGCACCCUCAGCUCACCUCACAGGAGAAAGAAGAGCUUUGUAUGAGAGGGAGAGAUGGCAAGGCCAUGUACUUCAGCAACCAUGAGCCAGCACAUUGGGAAACUCUAUAGAUCUGCAGUCUCUUCAUUCAUCUUCUUCUUGGUGGUGGAUGUAGGAGUUACUGGUGGAGGUACAAACAAGGAGAAUGCAGCAGCUGUGAUUCAUGUAGCAGCACAGCCUUUGUUGUUGACACGUGAGCCUUGGAACCUUUUGGUGACUCAAACACCAGCCAAGGAGAAAGCCAAAGAGGGUGAAACUGUGGUCUUGAACUGUCAUCUUAACAGUCCACAGUAUCCCUUCCUGACUGACCUGAUGGUGAAGUGGUACAAAGAAGAUGAAAAGGGGCAGAUGGACCUGCUAGAAAAGAAUGUGACCAUCCUGCCAAAUAACUCCAGGAUCUUCAUGAGUGGAGACUUGUCCCAAGGGGAUGUUUCCCUGGUUAUCCUCAAUGUGACAACCAAUGACCAUGGCAUUUAUUUCUGUGAGGUUACACUUCCGGAUGGGAAGGUGGUGACAGGAGAUGGCACAAAGCUCAGGAUCAGGAGGGCUCUGGGCUUGUUUGGUAUAGAAGAAUCCAUUGGAACAAUCAUUGGGAUUGUGGCAGCUGGUAUUGGAGGCAUAGUGGUUCUGAUCGUUGUUUUAACCCCACAGCUGAGGAAGUGCAUCCUCUGCAUGAGACAGGAGUCUCACCAAAGCAUAGCUUGAGGUACAGCAUUACAGGAGUCGCUGGGAUAUGCAAAGCCUGCAGGUGGAACAACUUCUGAUGCCCCAUAAGCAAAAAAAUGGAGUUCUAGCUGGAAUAAAAGCCUUUGCCUCUACAUGUUGACUUUGUCAUUUUUCUAUUUGUUAGCAAGCUUCUUUUUCCUGUAUCUUUGUCAGCCACAGUGACAUAUUUACCAUCCUCCUGCAGCAAGAAGCAAAGCAGCGUUUUGUGAAGAAAUUCAUAUUAUUGCCUGCAAAAACUCCACUUAGUUUGGCCACAUAUCUCUGAAUUUAGACUCUGGUGAGGCACCCUGGGUCUCUUUGGGCCAUUGAUUCUUAUUUUAAAGAUGCAGUUCA